AUGCAGCUCCUCAGGACUGGUGCGUUCCUGAGGGCAGCUCGUCUCGCAAGAUUCACCGUCGUCCAAGGCCGAAUAGCUCCUUCGGCUACAACCUACACUCGCACUCCCUUACGAUGGUCGAGCUCUCAAUCUGCUGCUGAACAACCGCAGCAGCAGCCCUUCCCUGAGCAAUCGGUAGCGGAUGCCAAAGAGGUAGAUCCUGCAAAGACUGCAGAGUCAAAGAGCGAUGGACAAACCGGGCAACAAAAAACUAUUGCAGGGGCACCCUACAUCUUGGACAACACCACCAAUGUCACGGACUCGAUCCUCAACUUGGUCGGUCGCAACCUCUACGAGCACCCAGACCAUCCAAUCUGCAUCACUCGGAAGCUUAUUGAAUCAUGCUUCCCUGAGCCCGACUACAAUCACUUUGUCAUGUCCGACCCCGUCGUGACGGUCAGGGACAAUUUCGACGUGCUAGGCUUCCCAGCUGACCAUCCAGGCCGGUCGAGGACUGACACGUACUAUGUGAAUUCUUCCCAUCUUCUUCGCACACAUACAUCCGCCCAUCAACAUGCUGCCUUUCAGGCCCUCGGUUCACAAAGACGGACAACGGGAUACACCAUCUGCGCCGACGUCUAUCGCCGUGAUAGUAUCGACCGCUCCCACUUCCCAGUCUUCCAUCAGAUGGAGGGCGCACGGGUAUGGAGUCUCGAUCCACGCAUCGACUCGCGAUAUUCUGCGCAGACUGCUCGGACAGCUAGGAUAGCCAACCAGCUUAGAGCUAUGCCUGCAACAUCUAUCAUCGUGGAAGACAACGCGACAAACUUCUCUACCGACGUGAACCCCAUGCAGCCGGAACAUGACCCAGUUGAUGUAGAAUUGGUUGCCUCCCAUCUGAAGCGCAGCCUUGAAUUUUUGAUGGAGAAUAUCCAUAACGCUGCACAGCAGUCCCUUCCGCAAUCGGCCCGCACGCCCCUACAGGUUCGCUGGGUCGAGGCGUAUUUCCCAUUCACGAGCCCGAGUUUUGAACUGGAAGUCCUCUGGAACGGUGAAUGGCUGGAAUUGCUUGGCAGCGGUGUUGUCCAGCAGUCUAUCCUCAACAAGGCUGGCUUGACGCGCAGCAUAGGAUGGGCAUGGGGCUUAGGUAUUGAGCGAUUCGCCAUGCUUCUGUUCGGCAUACCUGAUAUUCGUCUGUUUUGGAGUACGGAUAAGCGAUUUCUGCAACAAUUCUCAAGUGGCAAGAUCAACAAGUUCGAACCGUUUAGCAAGUAUCCUCCUUGUUACAAGGAUAUCGCCUUCUGGAUCAAUCCUGCUCCAGCAGGCGCCAGCCCUCAUGGAACAACUCCUUGGGGGUCCGCAGCAGCAGCAGGUGGAGAUGCGACGAAGGCGAAUCCCACAGAAACACAGCCAGCGGCUUUCCAUGAGAACGAUAUCAUGGAGGUAGUCCGGGAUGUGGCGGGCAGCCUGGCCGAAGACGUAAAGCUCGUUGACGAAUUUAUCCAUCCGACCAGUGGAAGAAAGAGCCUGUGUUAUAGGAUCAAUUACAGGAGUCUUGAGAGGACCCUGACGAACGAGGAGGUCAACAGGUUGCAUGAUGAGGUUGCCAAGCGAAUGAAGGCUCAGUUUGGCGUUGAGUUGAGAUGA